GUAGUAAGUAAAAAUAUUCCACAACCACAACCAAACCCACCGCACCGUCAUAACAAAGAAACAAAGAAAGAAGAAGAAAAAAGAAGUCGCGGUGAUCCCAAUAGAAAGAAACUCAGAAUUUUGAGAGAGAGACAGAGAUGGAGGAAGAACAUCAUGGUAGUAGCAGUAGUACUAGUAACUUGGAGACAGGGAGAGCGGAGAGAUCGGUGUGGUUGAUGAAGUGUCCUUUAGUCGUUGCAAAGUCAUGGCAAGCUCAUCCAUCCUCGGACCCUCACCCUCUCGCUAAGGUUGUCCUCUCCCUCGAUCCUCUUCAAUCUGAUUCCUCCUCUUCCCUCCAGUUCACAAUGGAGAUGGCUGCCAAUGAGGCAGGGAAUAUUCCGAAAAGUUAUUCUUUGAAUAUGUUUAAAGAUUUUGUUCCUAUGUCUGUAUUUUCUGAGACAAAUCAAGCUAAUGUGCAUGUAGGGAAGGUUGCAAUGGAAGGAAAGGUAGAGCAUAAGUUUGACAUGAAGCCCCAUGGUGAAAACAUUGAAGAUUAUGGCAAACUUUGCCGUGAAAGGACAAAGAAGUCCAUGAUAAAGAAUAGAUGUAUACAGGUGAUUGACAAUGACCGUGGAGUGCAUAUGAGGCCCAUGCCUGGAAUGAUUGGUUUGAUUUCAUCCACUUCCAAGGAUAAGAAGAAGGCUGCACCAGUGAAGCAAUCAGACAUGAAAAGAACUAGAAGAGAUCGUGGGGAACUGGAGGAUAUAAUGUUUAAGUUAUUUGAAAGACAACCAAAUUGGGCCUUAAAGCAACUUGUCCAAGAGACAGAUCAACCGGCACAAUUCUUAAAGGAGAUAUUGAACGAGCUGUGUGUUUACAAUAAAAGGGGAACCAACCAAGGAACUUAUGAGCUUAAGCCAGAAUACAAGAAGGCUGCUGAAGAUACAAAUGCUGAAUAAUUCAGCGCCUCUCUUAAUAUUAAUCAACUAUUUUUCGAUUUUUAUAUUUCCAAUUGAAGCAGGAAAGACACAAAUCCACAAGUUAAAGGUGAAAAAUUAGAUUAUGGAUGGAGGAGACCAAAGCACCAGCAACAAAGUAUCAAGCAAAGAAACAUCUUAGUUUUCUGGAAUCCAGAGAUGCACUUUGUACACAAUCUUAGUUCGAUUCAAGCAAGGGUAGAAUAACAUAAAUGAUAUUGAUCAACAAAACUUGUUCACCUACUGUUAUCUUGAUGUAGCAUGCGUGCUUAUUCAAUGGACUUUUACUGUUUCUACUUCAAGAUCGUACUGAUUUUUGGACACUGGUGUUUCUCCAAAUCUUACUUUACACUCUAGAAAAGUUAAUUGUUUCACUUUCUCCAAA